AGUGCGCACGCCUAGUGCCCCGGCUCCACCAUUCCGGCCUUCGUGGCGGUCCGGGAUAGCUUCCGCUUCCUGCGCUGUCUGGAUUCCCCAUCUUUGCGCAGGAGCGCCGUGGUUCACUCCAUAAAGGAGUUAUUACUUGAGACACUUGUAAAUCUUUUGUAUAAGCUAUGAUGGCAUCUACUGGUGAUACGGAGAUCUGUAAGAACCAGGAGGGAGUUUUGAAUACGAAGAUGGAAGAAGAGUGUAAAUAUAGCACCAGACAAGAUUGGAGCCUACAAAAGAACAUUUACAACAGAGAAGUCUUCCGAAAGUGCUUCAGACAGUUUUGCUACCAGGAAACAUCUGGACCCCGGGAGGCUCUGGGCCGACUCCGAGAACUUUGCUGUCAGUGGCUGAGACCCGAGACCCACACCAAAGAACAGAUCCUGGAGUUGCUGGUGCUGGAGCAGUUCUUGACCAUCCUGCCUAGGGAGCUGCAGGCUUGGGUACAGGAGCAGAACCUGGAGAAUGGGGAGGAGGUAGUGACUGUGCUGGAGGAUUUAGAGAGAGAGCUUGAUGAACUAGGAUACCGGGCUUCAACACAAACUGAAGAACAGAAAAUAUUUUUGCAGGAGCUGAAGCCUUUAGGGGCAGAGCUAGAACCCAGCGCGUCCCUUGGACUUGUGAAAGCCAAGCUGAGGUGUGAACCUGCAGAAUGUGAAGCCCGAGAGGAGCAAGUUUCAGGUGUGGAGACUGGAAAUGAGUCCAGGAAUGGAACUCUGAAGCAAGACCUUUCGGAAGGAGUGGAAGCAGAACAGAAUACUUCAAGCAGAUUAGCAAAAGAUGCACUCCAGUGUGAGGAAUCCCAUGACCCUGGAGAAGAGCCUUCUGGAGCUCCUAGUAAGGAUAACUGGCUUCUGCGUAAUAAAAAUGGGGGACAUUUGCCUGAGAACUCAGACCGUGCUGAACACCAGAACAUCUGUCCAGGGAGGAAAUUGCAUAGAUGUGAUGACUGCGGAAAAUCUUUCAGUCAGCACUCACGCCUCGUAGAACAUAAAAGGGUCCACACUGGAGACCGGCCCUACAAAUGUGAGCAGUGUGGCAAAACUUUCCGAUGGAGGACUGUGCUUGCCCGACACAAGGUGGUACACACCGGAGAGAAACCGUACAAGUGUAAUGAGUGUGGCAGGGCCUUCGGCCAGUGGUCAGCUCUUAACCAACAUCAGAGGCUUCACUCAGGAGAGAAGCACUACCACUGUAAUGAAUGUGGCAAGGCCUUUUGCCAGAAAGCAGGCCUCUUUCACCAUCUCAAGAGCCACAAAAGAAACAGACCUUGUUAGUGUCUUCAGUGUAAUAAAAGUUUUAAUUGCCAAGUUUUAAUUGCCAUUCACACUUACUCAGUUCACACUGGUACAAACCCCUGUGAGUGCAGUGAGUGUGGGAAAGCUUUUGUUUAUAACUCAUCUCUUGUUACCCAUCAGGAAAUGCACCACAAGGAAAAACCCUUCACUCAAAGUGGUCUUACUCAGCAUCAGAGAAACCGCACCAGGGAGAAGCCUUACAUGUGUGAUAUCUGUGGGAAAGCUUUUGUUCAAAACUGAAGUCUUACAGAACAUGAGCAAAUUCAUACUGGAGAGAGAGCCUAUAAAUGUGCUGAGUGUGGGAAGGCCUUUACUUGGAGGUCAGUCCUCACGAAACAUCAGGGAAUGCACGCUGGGCAGAAACCCCACAGAUGUGAUGAGUGCAAGAAUGCCUUCCCAGGAAGCACUGGCUUCAUUCAGCAUCAGGGAAUCCACCCUGGGGAGAAACCCUACAAAUGAGAUGAGUGUGGGAGGACCUUCAGACAGAGGUCAGACCUGAGGAAGCACCAGAGAAUUCAUAAUAGAAAUGCUCCCUGUAAGUGUAAGGAGUGUGGGGAAUUGUCCAGGCAGAACUCCACUCUUCUCAUUGUCGGACUACCCACAAAGGAGCAAAAACUAUUUCUGUAUGAGGACUGCAGGGAAGCCAUCUCAGAGUGCAGGACGAUGAGAGAUACUAUAUUUGUAAUGCUUUGUGGCAACCCUUCAGCUGUUGGUACUAUAAGAAGACCAUAAAUAUUUGAUGAGCACC